CCGAUGCGCCCCAAAGCAGAGAGCGAGAGAGAACUGCUGCAUCUAUCAGAUUCACACACGGAAGCUUUGAAUUAGCCGCAGUUAUUUUCAGUGCUCAAUCUAACUAAAUCUAGUGCUAUUGACAAGGCUGAAGACUGACGUUAUCAGAGCACAUUGUACAGCCUAGUUGCCUAAUCGACGGUCGUUCUUCGAGGCAGCCUGCAUUGAAUGACUUAUAACGAAUGAACACAGCGGGAAGGUCAGAAUUAGCCUACAUUGCAACUCACCGCAGCGCGGGCUGGAACGCAGACUGCACCAUGAGUUCCAAUUCACUAACAGAAGACUGAUCUAAGAUCAGAAUCUAAAGCCAAAUUCAUCAUACGGCAGUAGAGGUCUCCCGUAGGCACAGAUCCAGGAUCAGUUCACCGUCCCAACUAUCCAGACUCUAAAAUGCAAAACUGAUCUUAUAUCAGCAUAUAGGGCCAACUUCAUCCCAAUCCCCAGCAGCCAUGGCAGGGUUCAAGAGGGGUCACGAUGGGAAGAUCGCCGGGCUCUACGACCUGGACAAGACGUUGGGACGAGGACACUUUGCCGUGGUCAAACUAGCACGCCACGUCUUCACGGGAGAAAAGGUAGCCGUGAAGGUGAUCGAUAAGUCCAGACUGGACCCAGUAGCCAGAGCUCACCUAUUCCAGGAGGUCAGGUGUAUGAAGCUGGUGCAACACCCCAACGUGGUGCGUCUGUAUGAGGUCAUCGACACGCAGACCAAGCUCUACCUAAUCCUGGAGUUGGGUGAUGGAGGGGACAUGUACGACUGCAUCAUGAAGCACGACGGAGGACUCACAGAGGAGGUGGCGAAGCGUUACUUUGCCCAGAUCGUCCAUGCCAUCUCCUACUGCCACCAGCUCCACGUGGUGCACCGUGACCUGAAGCCAGAGAACGUGGUGUUUUUUGAGAAGCAGGGCCUGGUCAAGCUCACUGAUUUUGGCUUCAGCAACAAGUUCCAGCCAGGGGAGAACCUGGCCACCUCCUGUGGCUCUCUGGCCUACUCUGCUCCAGAGAUACUGCUGGGAGAUGAAUAUGACGCACCCGCUGUGGAUAUUUGGAGUCUGGGGGUGAUUCUGUUCAUGUUGGUGUGUGGCCAUCCACCCUUUCAGGAGGCCAACGACAGUGAGACCCUCACCAUGAUCAUGGACUGUAAAUAUACAGUAGCAUCACACAUCUCCUCAGCCUGCAGAGAUCUGAUUGACUGUAUGCUGCAGAGAGACCCUAAGAGGCGGGCCACUGUAGAGCUGAUCCAGGGCCAUGAUUGGCUGCAGGGAGUCGACCCCUCCCCUGCCACCAAGCUAACCACACCCCUGGUGUCGUACAGGAGCCUAUCAGAGGAGGAGCACGGCAGUAUCAUCCAACGAAUGGCACUAGGUGGCAUCGCAGACAGGGACACAGUCACAGAAGCCUUGGAGUCUGACCAGUAUAACCACAUCACAGCUACAUAUUUCCUGCUGGCAGAGAGGAUACUGAGGGAGAAACAGGAGAGAGAUCAGAACAACCACACAUGGUCCAGCCCCAGCCACAAGGCCCAGUUCAGGCAGUCUUGGCCCACCAGAGUGGACGUGCACCAGGACAUGGGGGACGGUUUGGGGGGUACCCUCAUCUCCCACCCAGGGGGCCCCCAGUCUCCCGCCCGCAGUGCUGAGAGCCUGGUCCACCACGGACCCAGACCCAAAACAUCCCUACUGGAACUCAACCACAGACGGUUGGACAAUAACACACAACCCACACAUACUCUGACCCUCCAGGCUGAUGACACACACACUACAAACAAAGCACUCCCUCCUGUCGGUUCAACCAGAGAGCACCAGGACAGGGGCCUCCGGCCUCCAGUCAAGCCCCACUCCAUCCCCCUCAGGCUGGGCUCCCUGGCCUCCCCCACCCCCUCUAAACCACGGAGCCCCAGCCUCUUCAGCCUAGAUGAGGAGGAGGAGGAUGAGGACGAGGAGGAUUCGUCUCCCUCGGUUCUCCCUUCUCAGGUGGUUCUCCGGCAUAACGUUGCCUCAUCUUCAUCCUCCCCUUCCUCUGUCUCUAACCGACUGACUUCUCGUAAGAGUGCACCCGUCCUCAACCAGAUACACGAGGAGGAAGGAGAGGAGGAGGAAGUAGAGAAGGAUGACAAGGAGAAGGAAGGAAUGAUAGAAGGAAAGAAGUGUGUGUUCAAGCCAGAACAAGCUUUCCUCAGCCUCCACACUGGGAUAUUGACGUCGUCAGGUGUGUCGUCCCCAGCAACGGUUACCAAGGUGGCAACAGUUGCCAUGGCGUCUCCCACCUCAGAGAGGAGAGAUGACAAUGACUCUGUGAGCCAGCGGAGACCUGACAUGGACACGACAGCACCAAGACAAGGAAGACCUAGCUUUGCCAGUGGUGGGGUAGACAGAGGUUGGAGUGGGGGAGACAGAGGAAGAGAAAGCCCCUCUGCUGAUGGUACAGGGGCGGGACUAGGCUCGGCCAAAGCAGCCAGCGGAUUGGUGGAGAGCCUGAAACUGAUGAGCCUAUGCCUGAGCUCCCAGUUCCACAGCCUGACAGCUGGGGGAGGAGGGGUAAGAGGGGGGAGCUUGGACCACCAGGACCAGCCAGUGUGGAGGAUGUGUAUGGGGGGCUCUACUGGCAGCCUGGAUAAGGUCUCUCUCCUGGGGGGUCCGUCGCCCGGAGGGACCCACCACCUCCAGCACCACCCCCUUGACCACUUUGCUGACCCACAGUUCGAGGCCCCGUCCUCGGGCACACUGAGGCUAAGUGAGCUGGACCUGGCCAGGGAGCAUCACCAGAACCUGAAGAACAGAGUGCUACAGAUGCCUCUCAGUGAUAAGACUAUGUCAGUCAAUAUACACAGGAGCCCCAAAGAGGGUCUGCUCUGUCCCCCUUCACCACACAGCUGCUGCCAAGUCAUAUAGACCACAUCUAUCAUCCUCUCCACCCCUCCCCCCCCUCCCACCACCACCCCCCUUCCUGAGGAGGAACAACAUACUUAUAGUUGCACAAUGACAAUCUUUAGUUCAUCCAUGUUUUUAGACAAUCCUAUUUCAGUUAUUUUAAUGCUGACUGAAAAUAGGUGGGAACAUGACCUCGUGUUGUGAAUGAAAUUAGAAGUUUAAAAGAUAAUAUCAUAACCAUCAGGGCAUCUGCUGUAAUUGAUUGAAAUGCAGUCUGUUACAACUACAUUAUAUGGCAUCUUCUCUUCACACACUCUCCAUUCGUGACUCUGUAAAUAUGUUUAAAUACAAAGUAGUACUUUAGUAGUACAGUACUUCUAUUAGCAGUGCUUCCAGUAGAGCUGUGAUGAGUUCUAGUCAGACCCUGACCACUAUCAUGGUUGGGCUCAAUGCCAUUUAAAUUCAGUCAAUUCAGACAGAAUUUUGUCAUAAAGAAGAAUUGAGGAAAAUUGGACUUGGAAUUUCAGUUUACUUCCUUAUUUGACUGAAUUAAAAUUGAAUUGACCCUGACCACUACAACCCCGUAGAGUGUUCCAAGCCUAGACAUUAACAGUAUCACCCCUGCAAGUGUUGCUCUGUUGUGAUGGUGUUUGACAUAUUCUUGUGCGAUAUCUAACUAUCUAAGUAUGUAGAUGCCAGUGCAUGUGUUCUAUUGUACAAGAUGACCUCUAGAGUUUAAACAUCCACCUGGGGACUGUUCCAGGAAGCAGGAUCAAUGAUUUAGCCAGCUAACUGUCCUAAAUAUUCAAAAAUAACUUCAUAUUUUCCAGAAAUAUAAAUUUGAAAUUAGCAUGGUGUAAUUGACUUGACAACCAACAACAGUUUAGCUUUCAAAAUGAACCAGAAAAAUUAAUAUAUAUAUAUAUAUAUAUAUAUAUAUAUAUAUCUGACUGUUUUUAAAGUUAGCUGGCUAAAUGAAUGACACUGCUUUCUAGAACACCCUACCUGUACUGCACUAUGACACUGUAAUGGCCUAAAACUAUGUCACUCCGCCUCACACAACAAAUUGUACAUCAACAACAACCACAACAAUAUAUAUUCCAAUAGAUAUGUAUUGAGCCUAAUGUACUGUACUGUAUGUAUAUGGUAAUGUAUAAAAAUAAACUGAUGUGAAUAAGAA